UUUCCGCGGGAACUUUUCCAGCUGCCAUGCAAGUUGGCGAGCGCGAAAAGUUCGAUGUCAUAGUUGACACAUUGGUUUGCGUUUCAGCACGCGUGUUUUUUUAUACCAAUUUCUCAAGUGUCCCAGAGAUUAUUUAUUUAAUUUAGCACUAUCACGUAAAGUACUUGAGUGCCUCGUUGAGGUGCAGUGGUCAAUUUCCUGUAGAUCAUGGUAAAAAGGUGUGAAAAUUAUUUGUGCUGACGCAGUUGGUUUUCAUAUGUGAAUUUAUCACUCUGAGUGUGUUUAAUAAACUCCUUUGUAUUACCAGUGUGAUCUUCGUGGAGGAGAAUGUCAUGGGAAGACCCAAGCGAAGACCCAGGAGAGCCACCACGGCGGUGAUCCUCACGAUCAUCUCUAAAUCUGACGGGACGAUCGUAAAUCUAGAUCGUGAUCGGCUGGUGUAUCGUGCUGAAGGGAAUGCCAAUCUUGUGCUGGCCAUUCCAGAUCUCAGUCAAGUGCUGCGGCUCAGGAAAUCAUCCCUAAACACAGAUCUCCAGUCCACCUCAAUUGAUCACGUGAUCAUGGUGACGGAGUAUGGCAGGAUCGUUUCGUCCCUCUUUCCCAAAGUCUUCACUAUCGAAUCGAAGUUGGUGCUCUUAAAGGUUCCCAAUUACGAUACGCUCAAUAAGUGGUUGAAUCAAUUCAGACCAUCUGUGAGGUGUGACAAAGAGAUCAGAUGCCGAGCAGGGAUUCUUUAUCCUGAUCUUGCGAUGCUUCGACAUGAUCUACUUCCUCAAAGCACACAGGUAAUAGGGGAAACGUAUUGUGUGGAGAUCAAACCAAAACAGGGUUGGAUCUUCCCAGAAUCAACAUUGAUGGCUCUCUAUCCCGAAAGUGAUGGGAAAUUAUGUCGAUUCUGUGCCAUGCAGUAUCUGAAACUCGUUAAAAAAACGAUAAAACGUGUCAGUAAUUACUGUCCAAUUGACUUAUUCUCUGGUGAUCGGAAUCGUAUGCUAAAAGCUCUCAAUGGACUUGUGGAAACUCCACAAAAUAACUUUCGUAUGUGGCGAUCUGGACAAUUGAUCUAUGGUGAUGGAAUUGAUCAGGGCUUUAAGGAUGCUCUCCAAGAUACAAUGCAUCAGGAUGAUGUCUCAAAGAAUUUACAAAACUUUCUGCUACUCCUUUUGAAAGCCAUACUCAAGGACUAUACAGGUGAAAAUGUGCCAAAUGGGAACGAAUCCCUCCCUCAUGGAAGUAUCCUUAAGCAAAUCCUCGAUGUUCAGCUUUUUGCACGGGAUAAUCUUGCAAACGCUGCUGACAAGGCACUCAACGAGGAACAGUCAUUUGGAAAUGUCGAGAGAAUCCUGGCAAAAAGACGUGACAACACGGAAGAUUGGCUGGAGAGAAUGGAUGGUGUGGAGAAGUAUUUUCUUGGUGCCACCGCUCUCGAUUGUUCUCUCAUGAUGACAUUCCAGAAAAUCGCUGAAGGUAGUACGGAUGAAAGGCAUACGAUAGACGUAGAUGGUGAAAAGUUCAUAGUAUCCAUGACAGUGAUGGAUUUGGAUCCAAAGGCAGAUUCUCAUCCCAUCAAGUAUGUUAAGCAGACAAAGAUGUCGUACAAAGCACACAGAGAUUUUGUCGCCAAUAGCACAAUUUCUUAAGUAUUCCAGUGUUGUUCUAUUUUAAAUCAAGUAUUUCUCUAUUAUACAUUUUUAUGGUGAAGAAAAAAAUUUAUAAAGAUGUUGAUUCGUCUAAUAAAAAGACACAAAUAAACAGGUUUCUAAUAUAACAAA